AUGGGGGCAAACAGCUGCGUGCUGUUUGCCCCAGAUUGCUCUUCAUGGGGCAUACCAGCGCGGGGAACAUCGCUUCGCUCUGAAAUAAAUUUUGGUGGAAACAGGGCCCUGAAAUGGAUCCAGGGCGCCAACAAGAUGGUUAGCCGGAUGACGCUUUGCAUCCUGCUUGCUCUCAGCCGGAACAUGAUCUACAUCAUCGAGCAACCGGCCUACCCACGGCAAUUCGGGGCGAGCCUGCUCCAAGCAUUCCAGCGUCACAUUGACGGGCCUGCCCGGCGCGACCUGCGCUUCAAAGUGCGUGACUCUGCGACUUCGGCCAUGGAUUUGUUCGAGGGCCUUCCCUUGGGCGACCUUUGGGAGGAAGCAGACUUGCUACCAGCUUUCCUGUAUGCUUACUCCAGCAAAAAACUCAGGCAGGUCUGUAGGGUUUGGCAAAGUAUGUUCUGCGACAUUCUGCGCAGGAUGCCACGCGAGUGCGUUCCUAUCAUGGCGAAGUUCAAGCGAGAAUUUCAAGAACAGGCCUUCGGGUGGCUGCAUUCACGUGCAUAA